UGGUGCCCUGGACAGCAGUGUUCCAGAAGAGAGCCAGGGGGUAGUGCAUCAUCCCUGGCUUCACAGACAUCCACAGCCAAGUUGGAAAUUUCGGUAGGAGCCUGUGGAGGGCAGCGCUGUCUUGCUGGGGAUAGUGCACAGAAUAGCUCAAAGAUGCCAGCUGCUAAGAAAAGCUGUCUCUGAUACAACCUGAGUGUGUGCAAGAGAGGAGCAAGAUGCUUCACACCAGAGACAACUCCUUUCCAAGCAGCAGCGCAGGCGUCCCAGCAUCCUACGAAACACCAGCACUAGCAGACCUCCAGAGACUGAUUUGGUUCAGAGGAGGGUCUGAUAACCAUGUGGACCAAGUCUGGCCAAAUAUUUACCUGGGAGAUGCGUGGGCUGCUAGGAGUAUAACUACUAUUCAAAGCCUCAACAUAACUCAUAUCCUUAAUGCAGCGGAUGGGCCAUAUAGCAUCAACACAGGAGCCAAAUAUUACAAAGAUCUGCAAAUAGAGUACUUCGGAAUAGAAGCAUUUGAUGAUCCUUCCUUUGAUUUAAGUAUCUUCUUCUACGAUGCUGCCAAUUUCAUAGGCAAAGCCUUAAACACUUCAGGAGGUAAAGUUUUUGUUCACUGUGCCAUGGGGGUGAGCCGCUCUGCAACAUUAGUGCUUGCCUUUUUGAUGAUCCAUGAAAACAUGACGCUCGUGGACGCUCUGAAAACGGUGGGUUCUCACAGAGACAUCUGCCCAAACACAGGGUUUCUCAGCCAGCUGCGAGAACUGGACAUUAAAUUAAGCGAAGAGAGGAAAAGAACCAGAGAACCUGCUAGCAAAGCACUGUAAAACAGUAUCACGAAAAAAGAGAGGACAAAACAUGACUUGAAUUUCCUGGAUCUCUUUGAAAUGAAUUGCAUUUGCAAACUAAGGAUAUAAGUUUAAGAUGCUCUAGAUUGUAUGUUGUUACUAAAAAUACAUUUUACCUGACCUUCCCA